CCCCAAAACUGGAAAAAUAUCGUAGCUUAGGGUUAUGGCCUCCUCUUCCACCAUGGACGAGAACGGUAGCGUGAGAUCCACCUACCAAGGGUUCGAGAGUGAGGCUGCUAUGAAGGAAACUCUCGAGAAGUACGGAAGCAAGCCCCGAGCUAUAAUAUCUGUGGAGGGAUACGACACUUGUCUGCCUGAGGAAGAUAUCAAGAGUGAAUUGAUUAAUCACUUCAAUUCAUGUGGCGAAGUCUUUAAUGUUAUUGUUCGCAAAGACCCUCAUACCCCUAAUCUCGACAGACGUGCUUUGGUUAUUCUUCUUGGAGAUGGCGCAGAAGAGAAGGCCUUGGAACUUAAUGGAACUGACAUUGGUGGAUGGAAUGCUCUUGUUAAAGUUGAACCGGAGGAGGAAGUAGACGAGGAGGCAGAACUUUAUGAAUCCUCUCUGGCCGACGAACUAUAUAAUGACCGCAGAUUUUGGUUUGGCGUUACCGUUAGCGGAUAUAACACUCUCCUCCCUGCAGAUGAAGUCAAGAGCGCUUUGAUAAAACACUUCUCUUCUUGUGGAAAGAUCACCCAUGUUUUUGUCUCUACUCUCGAUAAGACGACUAAUAUCUAUUUUUACCAACAAGAAGGAGAAGCUAGGGCGCUGGAUCUUGAUGGAAGUGAUGUGAGAGGAUUCAAAAUAGCUGUUACGGGCGUAGCUACAAUCUUUAGUAACCGUCCCCCUCCCUCCGGUGAAUUUUGUUACGGCUACUGUGACCCAGCUCAUAUGAUUGAGUUUGCCGGCGUGAUCCACGACAAGGUCGCUGCUUUUAAGAAGCAGAGGAUGUCUGUCUAGAAAUCUCUCUCAAGAAGCUCUAUCUUUGGUGUUUAUUAAUUAAUAAAUCGUGUGAGAUUAUUACAAUGCUACACCUUGGGGGUUUCUUACUUAUGUUUAUUGUCAGAGCUCAUUAUAUUUUAUGUAUCAUGAGCCGUUUUUGUGUGUCUGGAUGAUAAACCUACUCUUAAUAAUUAUUAUCUUUACU